GUGCACGUGACCUGCUAACGUUAGCACAAUGGCCGCACCCCACGGGGAAGGACCUGGCUACAGGCUUUAGGGGAGCAUGCCAGAUUAUAAAUAACCUUGAAGAUAAGAUAAAGAAGACAGAAGUUCACUAGAUACAAGGAUGAAGACCCUUAAAGAAAUACCCAGACCCCUGCAGUGCAAACACAGGUUGUGGCAGGACGGUAGAUGAUGAAGUGAUGGAGAUGUUAGGAGGCCACAGCCAUUGUGAUGCUGGGUGGCUGUUACUCUGGAACUGCCAUCUGCCGAAAAGGGUGCUGUGCAAUGAUAUCCUCAGCCUGAAGGUGGCAGGAGAUCCAGUGCUAACCCCUAACUCGGUGUGCCUGAGGCUGGCAGGCCUCAGUAAACGUCAGAUGCGGAUGUGUGUGCGGAGUCCCGAUGUGACAGCUUCCGCUCUGCAGGGCAUCCAGGUGGCCAUCCAUGAAUGCCAGCACCAACUCCGGGACCAGCGCUGGAACUGCUCCUCGCUGGAGGGCCUCGGCAAGCUUCCUCACCACAACACCAUCCUCAACAGGGGUUUCCGCGAGAGUGCCUUCUCCCUGGCCUUGUUGGCAGCGGGUGUGGCUCACUCUGUGGCCUCGGCCUGCAGCAUGGGCAAGCUGCGGGGGUGUGGCUGCGAGGCCAAGCGUCGCCAGGACGAUGACAAGAUCCGGCUGAAACUCACACAGCUGCAGCUGCAGACCCUGCAGAAGGGUGGAGUAGGCCUCGGCAUGACACGGUCAUUACCCUCAGGGCUAAAUGGUCACCAUGGCGACCUGCCCGCUAACCUGCGCUCCACCCACCCCUCCGCCCUGCUCAAGCCUUUACCAGAUGAGCUGAGCUCCAUGCAGGAGACGUGGGAGUGGGGGGGCUGCAGUCAUGACGUGCGUUUUGGGGACCGUUUUUCCAGGGAUUGGCUCGACUCCCGUGGCUCCCCAAGAGAUAUCCACGCUCGCAUGAGGAUACAUAACAACCGCGUGGGACGACAGGUAGUUACUGACAACAUGAAAAGGAAGUGCAAAUGUCACGGCACGUCAGGGAGCUGCCAGUUUAAGACCUGCUGGCAUGUGUCUCCAGAGUUCCGGCUUGUCGGUUCUCUGCUCAAGGACAAGUUCCUGUCAGCCAUCUUCGUCAACUCCCAGAACAAGAACAAUGGGGUUUUCAACCCUCGAACUGGAAACAGCGCCAGUGGGAGCACAGGGGGACUCAACGGAGGUCGCCGCCGAACCAUGUCCAGAGAGCUGGUGUACUUUGAGAAGUCUCCUGAUUUCUGUGAGCGAGACGCGUCUGUUGACUCACCGGGUACACAAGGACGCAUCUGCAACAAAACCAGCUACAGCACGGACAGCUGUGGCUCGCUGUGCUGCGGCCGUGGACACAACAUCCUGAAACAGACACGCAGCGAGCGCUGCAACUGCAGGUUCCACUGGUGUUGCUACGUGCUGUGUGAGGAGUGUCGCCUCACAGAGUGGGUCAAUGUGUGCAAGUAGAUCCUUCACAGUCCCAGCUGCCUUUACCCAUCCAGGACUCAAGAUGGCGAGCCUGUCCCUUCGCCCACUCCUUUUGUUCGAGCGUUUGUUUUGCUCCUUGUGUAACUCUCCCAGAGAAUCUGUUUAUCCCCCCGCUCUCCUUUUUUUUCCGGUCCAUCAUCUGGGAUCUAUUUUCUCUUUGUAGCCGCUGUUAUUCUCAAAAUGCCAAGUCAGAGAUUGAAGAGGUGACUCAUGUCAUUUGUCUUGCCAUGGCCUGUUUAGACGCUGCCCUCUCAGCCAUGAAAACAGCCUAUACCCCGUCCUCUCUGUCCCGCAACACAGCAGCACAGGAGCAUCUCUAUUUCACUGUCUACACGCUGACUCAUCUCAUUGUACAGUAGCUGUGUAUUUUAAUGUGAACAUGUAUAUUUGUAAAUGUAUUAUUAUUAAUAUUA